AGUGUAUCAAGCACGUGGUGAGACAUCUUUGCAGUGCAUUGUGAGUUUGCUUUGGGGGGGAGUGACAGAAGAAGUACUUGCCUCGUCUUUGCAUCCUGUUGUGGAAGUGCAACGGCGUGUGUGCUGUUGCGUGCUGUGUGUCUGCGAGCUGUGUUUGCAGUCAGAGCGAGUUCAAGUAUGAAGAGAGGCAAGAAGGCAGAAGAGGAGGUGGCGGCCGCGGACGGGGAGAAUGACGCAGGCUCCGGUUCGGCAAAGAAAACCAAGAAGGCUAAGGAACCAGAGGCCCCGAUAUUGUACGAGGACCCUCCAGACAAAAUGACCAGCAAAGAUGGCCGCGACGCCAACAUGAAGAUCACCUCCUGGAACGUGGAUGGCCUGAGGGCCUGGGUGAAAAAGAACGGCCUGGAUUGGGUGCGCGAGGAGGCUCCAGAUGUUCUGUGCCUGCAGGAGACAAAGUGUGGAGAGAAAUCCCUCCCCGCCGACAUCACCUCGAUGCCAGAGUACCCUCACAAGUACUGGGCCGCGUCAGAUGAGAAGGAGGGUUACAGUGGUACGGCCAUGCUGUGCAAGACUGAACCCAUCAAAGUCACCUAUGGCAUUGGCAAAGAAGAGCAUGACAAGGAGGGCCGCGUCAUCACCGCCGAGUUCCCCACCUUCUACCUGGUGACCGCCUACGUGCCGAACUCCGGCAGAGGCCUUGUGCGCCUAGAUUACCGCAAAACCUGGGACGAGGACUUCCGGGCAUACCUGAGCGAGCUGGACAUGCAGAAGCCUCUGGUGCUGUGCGGCGACCUCAACGUCGCGCACCAGGAGAUCGACCUGAAGAACCCCAAGGGGAACAAGAAAAACGCUGGCUUCACCCCGGAGGAGCGCGAGGGCAUGGACCAGCUGCUGGAGGCCGGUUUCACCGACAGCUUCCGCGAGCUCUACCCAGAGCAGGCCAACGCCUACACCUUCUGGACCUACAUGAUGAACUCCCGCGGAAAGAACGUGGGCUGGAGGCUGGAUUACUUCAUACUGUCGUCCAGCCUGCUGCCGGGCUUGUGUGACAACAAGAUCCGCAACAAGGCCCUGGGAAGCGACCACUGCCCCAUCACUCUGCACAUAGCCGUGUAGGUGACCGUCUGACCAGGGCUCCUGCUUAAACCGCCCUCACCGAGUUGGUAGCGUAACCUCAGCAGAAGCGUAGUUUGUCUUGUACUUUUAACUUUUUCAAAUGAAACUUCCAUUAAAUGACAAGCCUGUUCAUCCUCUUCAUACAGUUGAAGUUUGUCAGUAAACCCAUUGGUGUACGAUGUCUAACGCGACUUUUCAACGAUGACCGCAACUGGCUGUUCAGCAGUUGUUUGUACUACUGCUGCUCUGAGGGAAGCUGCCGUAUGUGUGCUUGUGUCUCAGUUUAAACCCACUCUUGAUAAGAAAAUGUAAUGUCUGUUUCAAGCCUCUUUUUCAAACGCAGCUUUCAGUUGUAAAACAUGCCCACAAUAAAAGACUGGAUUUAUGUACCUUC